CCCAGUCCAGAAUGCCCUUGCCUCUGUGCUGUGAGCCAGGAGAGACAGCGAGGAAAGGGAGGGAAGCCACAACAGAGACACCAGCAGGUGCUGAGCAUAGAAAAGAUAAAGUGGAAUAGACAAAAACAAGGGGACCAUUAAGAAAGACAAUCAAGGAGGAAGUGUGUCAAAAGCAGGGAACAGUCUAACAAAAACUUAAACAAUCUGCUUAAUUCUCUUUUUUCCCUAAGCUGGAUCAACUCAUUUCCAUUUCAGCAACCUUCACUAGGCUGUUUCCUCUUCUCUUGUACGGAUUCUCCUUUAGCGGAUCAGCCCUUUCUCCUUCUCAGCUGAGCACAUUGUCCUCCACUCUAACUCACAGUGCCACCAUGGAAACUGGGAGCCCCAGGAAGAUCCAGUUCACUGUCCCCUUACUGGACACCCACCUGGAUCCAGAGGCAGCUGAGCAGAUCAGAAGACGAAGACCCACUCCUGCUACUUUAGUGGUUUCCAGUGAUCAGUCUUCACCAGAAAUAGAUGAAGAUCGUCUCCCAAACCAGCUGUACAAGGCUGCCUUGUUGAACUCCCCUCGACAACGACGAAAAGGCCAAAAGGGAACGCCCACAAUGAAAGAGCUGCAAUUCCUGGUAGAGCAUCACCUUUAUAGACAGCAGCAGGGAGCUGGGGAUGAAUGCUCCUCAGAGAGCUGCCUUUCAGAUCGGCCCAGCCCAGAGUCUGUUCCCACUGGAGAGGAGCUUCCGCACGACAAUGAAGCCACCGUGGAGGCCUUUGAGAAACUGCGUUGCCAACUGGAGGAGUUUUCCAGAGAGAGUCUAUUAGAGGCUGCGGGUGGACUUGAGUGUCCCCUCUCCAAGGAGGCCGAGGAUCAUUGCAGUGCUGCCAGUGUAGCAGAUCCCUCGUCGCAACAAAACAACACACAAGCAGGAAGAAAAGCUGCAGCAUCCAGCGUGUGCCAGUCAGCCGAGGAAAAGACAAAGAACUGCAGCCUGGAGACAGAGAAAUAAAGUUAUCCUUUGUACAACUCAAGCGGCUCAGUCUGCUCAGCCAUCCCAACAAAAUGACAGAAGAUUGUGUCUGCACAUCUACUUUUUAGAAACAUCAGGGCAUAUAGUGUAUGCUCCUCCACAGCCAGAUCUUAGUUACCACUGCAAGAACAUCAGCAAAGGUUUCUACGCUUAAUUUUGUGUCUAAAAAACAAACAAACCCAUCCUGCUUAAAGAGAAUACUAUUUAACUAUGUUUGUUUUGUUUUGCACCCCCUGCACUCAACAUAAACUAAAACUAGCACCAGAAUUGGAGUUAAUAUGGAGUUAUAUUCCUGUCUCAGUCACACAGUCAUCGUCAUAACUCACAGUGUCUUUGUUCAAAGGCAGCACGUCCGUUUAGAAAUUCUCAUCAUGAAAUAAUGUGCCAUGACGACUGCAAUUUUGAACCCAUGUCUAAACAAUAUAAUGAAUUUGUACCUCAUUAAUAACUUGGACUUAAACUGCAGUUUUUAUGAAUGUCAGCAUUUAGGUUUAGUCUCAGUUGUAAGUUAGUAGAAAGUAUAUUUGUGUGGACUGACUGCACAAGUGAAUGAUUACACCAAUGGACAACUAAAUAUUAUUUGCAUGUUUUUUCCUGGUCUAACACAUAAUUGUUAGCGCUGCAUUUAAUAGAUUUUUUUCUUGAGUUGAUUAACAUAAAAUAUUUUAACAUAUUCAAAUAUUUUCCAAUGAGAAAUUCUCCUUCGGUUUCUGUUUCUGCAGUUUGAGGAUGUGGCGAUGUUGUGCUGCAUUCUGGGAACAUUUUUACAGACAAAAUGUUCAACUGGAUAAAUUAAAAAAAAAAUCAUUAAAUUCAUAGAUGCUUCUCCUUUGAGAUGAAAAUGCAGAAACCAAAAGAAAAACAUUUAUUAUUUUACGUUUUUGUUUCCAUAGUGAUGGCCACAUUCUUUGAAGUUUUCCUAAUUUGCAUAUAGAGCAUUGUUUCCAAACAUCCAGUAAAAGGGCUUCAUUUUAACUGCAUUUGAGUAAAGCCACCUUUGCUUACCUAACACAGAUCAUUUUCCCUGCCCUUUUUCUCUUGAAACAAACAUUCACUGGUUAAAUGUGCACUGUAGUUUGCAAAUUAGCUGCUCAACUGGAACACAUUCAAUGUCAUGUAAGUAUGUCUGGUUUAUCUCUGCUUGUGCUACCAGAGCAUCUGUCAAUCACUCACAGAUAGACACAGAUAGCCUGAGGGAGAUAUUUCUCCUCCUCUUUAUGGUAACUAAAUGUGAUUUCAACUACUUAGAAAUGACGGGUGAUACCUCAAUGAACCGUUAUAAUAUCAAGGCUAGUUUCUGACAACCAUUUUUUUAAUUAUUUUUUUUACCAGCCAAUACAUGUGGUUGCACAUCUCUAGUUGACACACAGGGUAUACAGUACAGUGUGUCCAUUUACAUGUUUUUCAUUAGUGAGUACAGUGCACCCUCAUGUUUGACACUGAAUUCAGUUGGGAAUCUAAAUCAUAUUGCAUCAUACUGAAUGCACAGUGAUGUUAAUCUCAGCCCAAGGUCCAACACAAAUUGUAAUUACUGUUAAUCCCUCUUAAUUCUAGUUUUGUAUGUGAUUAAAAAAAACAACAAAAAAAAAGCAUUUCAGAGUCAUUAUUACACCACCACUUUAAAUGUUUGUAAUUCCGUGUGGUGUCACCGAUUUGGCAUUAAAUUGUGUGACAAUCAUCCCACAACUGUCACAUUAUUUUGUUUGUGUCUGAGCUGAAACAGAAAAUGAAAGCCACUUUAGUAUUGUUGUGCAAAACCUUUUCUUUUUCUCUUUUGCAGUGUGUUUAAGCAACACAUAAUGUUUGUUCAGUUUUUGAAUUGUUAUAGUGAAUCUAACAUAAAUCCGUUUUAUUUCUCAUUCAAUUUUACUUGAAUUGAGUGACGAUUAAUGUAAUCUAAAUUUGUUUGAUACAAUAAAAGUGGUUUAAAUUGGU